GUUGGUAAAGGCGAGGCUCGCCUGCCUGCAAGACACACACCCGCGCGUGCACGCAAGCAGCCCCACCCAGGGAGGUGGCCGCAGCUGGGGUCGUGCGACCCCGCGCCUCCGCCCCCUACUAGCGCACCGUGGAGAGACUGCAGCAUCGCCGCCACGCGCCCCUCGCUGAUCCCCGCCCUGAGCCGCCUGCAGGGAGCAAGAGUGGAAGGAGCGAGCGAGGGGCGGGGACCCGGGCGCCGAGGGCGGGGUGGAGGAGAAAGAGCGGCGCCGCUGCUUCCCCGGGGCGCGCCCUGGAGGGAGGGGCGCAGGCUCAGUGCAGGCCCUCACCAGCCUUCGGGCAGCGCCCGUCUUCCCAAUUCCGCCGGCUCCGCUGGGCAAUCCUGGGGACCGGCGGCCGGUAGCGGCAGGCACCCGCGGAGCAACAGGAGCCCAGAGAAGGAGGAGGCGGCAGCGGCAGCCGAGAGGCCCGGAGCGAGGAAGGGGUCCCCGAAGCCCGCGCCCUCCCCUUGGGCCAGAGUCUGCAGGCCUCUCAUGUUAUGAGCUGAAGGAGAAAUAAAAUAUACAGGAUGAAAAGAUGGCAAUGUUGCCUCCCCCAGGACCUCAAAGCUUUGUCCGCUUCACAAAGCAGUCUCUUGCCCUCAUUGAACAGCGCAUUGCUGAAGGCAAAACCAAGGAACCCAAAGAGGAGAAGAAAGAUGACCAUGAUGAAGGGCCAAAGCCCAGCAGUGAUUUGGAAGCGGGCAAGCAGCUGCCCUUCAUCUAUGGCGACAUUCCUGCGGGCAUGGUGUCCGAGCCGCUGGAGGACCUGGACCCCUACUACGCUGACAAAAAGACUUUCAUAGUAUUGAACAAAGGAAAAGCAAUCUUCCGUUUCAAUGCCACACCUGCUUUGUACAUACUGUCACCUUUCAGUCCUCUAAGAAGAAUAUCUAUUAAGAUUUUAGUACACUCCUUAUUCAGCAUGCUUAUUAUGUGCACUAUUCUGACGAACUGCAUAUUUAUGACCAUGAAUAACCCGGCAGAGUGGACCAAAAAUGUAGAGUACACAUUUACUGGAAUAUAUACUUUUGAAUCACUUGUGAAAAUCUUUGCCAGAGGUUUUUGUGUAGGAGAAUUUACUUUCCUUCGUGACCCAUGGAACUGGCUGGAUUUUAUUGUCAUUGUUUUUGCAUAUGUGACAGAGUUUGUGGACCUGGGCAAUGUCUCAGCGUUGAGAACAUUCAGAGUUCUCCGAGCUUUGAAAACAAUUUCAGUCAUUCCAGGCCUGAAGACCAUCGUGGGGGCCCUGAUCCAGUCGGUGAAGAAGCUUUCUGACGUCAUGAUCCUGACUGUGUUCUGUCUGAGCGUGUUUGCUCUAAUAGGGCUGCAGCUGUUCAUGGGCCACCUGAAGCAUAAAUGUCUUCGGAAAAUAGAAAAUGAAACAUUAGAGAGUAUAAUGAGCAGCAUUGAGAGUGAAGAAGACUAUAAAAAGUAUUUUUAUUACUUGGAGGGAUCCAAAGAUGCUCUACUCUGUGGUUUCAGCACAGAUUCUGGUCAGUGUCCAGAAGGGUACUACUGUGUGAAAGCUGGCAGAAACCCUGACUAUGGCUAUACGAGCUUUGACACUUUCAGUUGGGCUUUCUUAGCCUUGUUUCGGCUAAUGACCCAGGAUUACUGGGAAAACCUGUACCAGCAGACACUGCGUGCUGCUGGCAAAACCUACAUGAUCUUCUUUGUUGUGGUGAUUUUCCUGGGCUCCUUUUAUCUAAUAAACUUGAUCCUGGCUGUGGUUGCCAUGGCCUAUGAAGAACAGAACCAGGCAAACAUCGAAGAAGCCAAGCAGAAGGAGUUAGAAUUUCAACAGAUGUUAGAUCGACUUAAAAAAGAACAAGAAGAAGCAGAGGCAAUUGCAGCGGCUGCAGCUGAAUAUACAAGCAUUGGGAGAAGCAGAAUCAUGGGCCUCUCGGAGAGUUCUUCAGAAACAUCCAAACUGAGUUCUAAAAGUGCUAAAGAAAGGAGAAACAGAAGAAAGAAAAAGAAUCAGAAGAAACUCUCCAGCGGGGAGGAAAAGGGAGAUGAUGAAAAGUUGUCCAAAUCAGAGUCAGAAGAGAGCAUCAGCAGGAAACAGUUUCACCUUGGUGUGGAAGGGCAUAGACUAGCACGUGAGAAAAGACUGUCUGCACCUAACCAGUCACCACUCAGCAUUCGUGGUUCAUUGUUUUCUGCAAGGCGCAGCAGCAGAACAAGUCUUUUCAGUUUCAAGGGUCGAGGAAAAGAUAUAGGAUCUGAGACUGAAUUUGCAGAUGAUGAGCACAGCAUUUUUGGAGACAAUGAGAGCAGAAGGGGCUCACUCUUCGUGCCCCAAAGACCCCAGGAGCGUCGCAGCAGUAACCUCAGCCAAGCCAGUAGGUCCCCCCCAAUGCUGCAGAUGAACGGGAAGAUGCACAGUGCCGUGGACUGCAAUGGUGUGGUCUCCCUGGUUGAUGGACCCUCAGCCCUCAUGCUCCCCAAUGGACAGCUUCUGCCAGAGGUGAUAAUAGAUAAGGCAACUUCUGAUGACAGCGGUACAACCCAAAUACGCAAAAAAAGGCGUUCCAGUUCCUAUCUCCUUUCAGAAGAUAUGCUGAAUGAUCCUCAUCUUAGACAAAGAGCUAUGAGUAGAGCAAGCAUACUAACAAACACUGUAGAAGAACUUGAAGAAUCUAGACAAAAAUGUCCAUCAUGGUGGUACAGAUUUGCACACACAUUCUUGAUCUGGAAUUGCUCUCCAUUUUGGAUAAAAUUCAAAAAGUUUAUCUAUAUUAUUGUAAUGGAUCCUUUUGUAGAUCUUGCAAUUACUAUUUGCAUUGUUUUGAACACAUUAUUUAUGGCCAUGGAGCACCAUCCAAUGACUGAAGAAUUCAAAAAUGUUCUGGUUGUGGGGAAUUUGGUCUUUACUGGAAUCUUUGCAGCUGAAAUGGUUUUAAAACUAAUUGCAAUGGAUCCGUAUGAGUAUUUCCAAGUAGGCUGGAAUGUUUUUGACAGUCUUAUUGUGACUCUAAGUUUAGUGGAGCUUUUUCUAGCAGAUGUGGAAGGAUUGUCUGUUCUGCGAUCAUUCAGAUUGCUCCGAGUGUUCAAGUUGGCAAAAUCGUGGCCAACACUGAACAUGCUGAUAAAGAUCAUUGGUAACUCAGUGGGGGCGCUGGGAAACCUCACAUUGGUAUUGGCCAUCAUCGUCUUCAUUUUUGCUGUGGUCGGCAUGCAGCUCUUUGGUAAAAGUUACAAGGAAUGUGUCUGCAAGAUCAAUGAUGACUGUUCUCUCCCACGAUGGCACAUGAAUGAUUUCUUUCACUCCUUCCUGAUCGUGUUCCGUGUCCUAUGUGGAGAGUGGAUAGAGACCAUGUGGGACUGUAUGGAAGUCGCUGGCCAAGCUAUGUGUCUUAUUGUUUACAUGAUGGUCAUGGUGAUUGGAAACUUAGUGGUACUGAAUCUCUUUCUGGCUUUAUUAUUAAGCUCAUUUAGUUCAGACAAUCUUUCAGCAAUUGAAGAAGACACUGAUGCAAACAAUCUCCAGAUUGCAGUGACCAGAAUUAAGAAGGGGAUAAAUUAUGUGAAACAAACGUUACGUGAACUUAUCCUAAAAGCAUUUUCCAAAAAGCCCAAGAUUUCCAAGGAGAUAAGACAAGCCGAAGAUCUAAAUAGUAAGAAGGAAAACUAUAUCUCUAACCGUACACUUGCUGAAAUGAGCAAAGAUUAUAACUUCCACAAGGAAAAAGAUAAAAUCAGUGGUUUUGGAAGUAGCAUGGACAAAUACUUGAUGGAAGAAAGUGAUCAUCAAUCAUUUAUCCAUAAUCCCAGCCUCACGGUGACAGUACCAAUUGCACCUGGGGAAUCUGAUUUGGAAAAUAUGAACACUGAGGAACUUAGCAGUGAUUCAGAGAGUGAAUACAGCAAAGAGAGAUUGAACCGAUCAAGUUCCUCAGAGUGCAGUACUGUUGAUAAUGCCCUUCCAGGAGAGGGAGAGGAAGCCGAGGCUGAACCUGUGAAUUCAGAUGAGCCAGAGGCCUGUUUUACAGAUGGCUGUGUACGGAGGUUCCCAUGCUGCCAAGUUAACAUAGAAUCAGGGAAAGGAAAAAUCUGGUGGAAUAUCAGGAAAACAUGCUACAGGAUAGUUGAACACAGUUGGUUUGAAAGCUUCAUUGUUCUCAUGAUCCUGCUCAGCAGUGGGGCUCUGGCUUUUGAAGAUAUAUAUAUUGAAAAGAAAAAGACCAUCAAGAUUAUCCUGGAAUAUGCUGACAAGAUAUUCACCUACAUCUUCAUUCUGGAAAUGCUUCUAAAAUGGGUGGCAUAUGGCUAUAAAACAUAUUUCACCAAUGCAUGGUGUUGGCUGGAUUUUCUAAUUGUUGAUGUUUCUUUGGUUACUUUAGUGGCAAACACACUUGGCUACUCAGACCUUGGCCCUAUUAAAUCCCUUCGGACUCUUCGAGCUUUGAGACCUCUAAGAGCGUUAUCAAGGUUUGAAGGAAUGAGGGUGGUUGUAAACGCACUCAUAGGAGCAAUUCCUUCCAUCAUGAAUGUGCUACUUGUAUGUCUUAUAUUCUGGCUAAUAUUUAGCAUCAUGGGAGUAAAUUUGUUUGCUGGCAAGUUUUAUCAGUGUGUUAACACCACAGAUGAUUCACGAUUUCCUACAAAACAAGUUUCAAAUCGUUCUGAGUGUUUUGCCCUUAUGAAUGGUAGUCAAAAUGUGAGGUGGAAAAACCUAAAAGUGAACUUCGAUAAUGUUGGACUUGGUUACCUAUCUCUGCUUCAAGUUGCAACAUUUAAAGGCUGGAUGGAUAUUAUGUAUGCAGCAGUUGAUUCUGUUAAUGUCGACCAACAGCCCAGUUAUGAACACAACCUCUACAUGUAUAUUUAUUUUGUCAUUUUUAUCAUCUUUGGGUCCUUCUUCACUUUGAAUUUGUUUAUUGGUGUAAUCAUUGAUAAUUUCAACCAACAAAAAAAGAAGCUUGGAGGUCAAGACAUUUUUAUGACAGAAGAACAGAAGAAAUACUAUAAUGCAAUGAAAAAGCUUGGGUCCAAGAAACCACAAAAGCCAAUUCCUCGACCAGGGAACAAAUUCCAAGGAUGUAUAUUUGACCUAGUAACAAACCAAGCUUUUGAUAUCACCAUUAUGAUUCUUAUCUGCCUCAACAUGGUAACCAUGAUGGUAGAAAAAGAAGGACAAAGUGACUAUAUGACUGAUGUUUUAUAUUGGAUAAAUGUGGUUUUUAUUAUCCUUUUCACUGGAGAAUGUGUGCUGAAACUGAUCUCCCUCAGACAUUACUACUUCACUAUAGGAUGGAACAUUUUUGAUUUUGUGGUUGUGAUUCUUUCCAUUGUAGGCAUGUUCUUGGCUGAGUUGAUAGAAACAUAUUUUGUGUCCCCUACUCUGUUCCGUGUGAUCCGCCUCGCCAGGAUUGGCCGAAUCCUUCGUCUGAUCAAAGGAGCAAAGGGGAUCCGCACAUUGCUCUUUGCUUUGAUGAUGUCCCUUCCUGCAUUGUUUAACAUUGGCCUCCUGCUCUUCCUGGUCAUGUUCAUCUAUGCCAUUUUUGGGAUGUCCAACUUUGCCUAUGUUAAAAAGGAAGCUGGAAUUAAUGACAUGUUCAACUUUGAGACCUUUGGCAACAGCAUGAUCUGCCUGUUCCAGAUUACCACCUCUGCUGGGUGGGACGGAUUGCUAGCACCUAUUCUCAAUAGUGCACCUCCUGACUGUGACCCCAAAAAAGUUCAUCCUGGAAGCUCCACUGAAGGAGACUGCGGUAGCCCAUCUGUUGGGAUUUUCUAUUUUGUCAGUUACAUCAUCAUAUCCUUCCUGGUGGUAGUGAACAUGUACAUCGCUGUCAUCCUGGAGAACUUCAGUGUUGCUACUGAGGAAAGUACUGAGCCCCUGAGUGAGGAUGACUUUGAGAUGUUUUAUGAAGUUUGGGAGAAGUUUGAUCCUGAUGCAACUCAGUUUAUAGAAUAUAGCAAACUCUCUGAUUUUGCAGCUGCCCUGGAUCCUCCUCUUCUCAUAGCAAAACCAAAUAAAGUACAGCUCAUUGCUAUGGAUCUGCCAAUGGUCAGUGGUGACCGCAUCCAUUGUCUUGACAUCUUAUUUGCUUUCACAAAGCGUGUUUUGGGUGAAAGUGGAGAGAUGGAUUCUCUUCGUUCACAAAUGGAGGAAAGAUUCAUGUCUGCAAAUCCUUCAAAAGUGUCCUAUGAACCAAUCACAACUACACUAAAACGAAAACAAGAGGAUGUGUCUGCCACUGUCAUUCAGCGUGCUUACAGACGUUAUCGCUUACGGCAAAAUGUCAAAAAUAUAUCAAGUAUAUACAUAAAAGAAGGAGACAAGGAUGAUGAUUUGCCCAAUAAAGGAGAUAUAGUUUUUGAUAAUGUUAAUAGCUCAAGUCCAGAAAAAACAGAUGCAACUGCUUCCACCAUCUCUCCACCUUCAUAUGAUAGUGUAACAAAACCAGACAAAGAGAAAUACGAAAAAGACAAAACAGAGAAGGAAGACAAAGGAAAAGAUGGCAAGGAAACCAAAAAAUAGAGUUUCAUUUUUGAAUACUGUUUACAGCCUAUGAAGGUGAUUUAUUUGUGUUAAUAGGACUUUUAAGAAGGUUUAUGCCAAAACUCUUUUUAUCAAGAUAUUUGCAAAAGCAGUGCAGUCACUAGCUCUGAUUCCCUUAGAUAGAAGGGCAGCAUUAGCAUAUUGCUAUUUUUGCACUGGUAAAUGAUUCUGUAAGAAGACUAAGAAUAACUCUGUUAUGAUUGAUUACAGCAUAUGAAGGUAAUGAUUUUUUAAAAAAUAAAUUAGAAUACCAUGCAGAAAAUUCUCACAUCUGCCUUGUACUCUUUUCACUGAUUGUCAUUAUUCAUGUUUCCCAUGUAAAUACAAAAGUCACAAGACAUGUGCACUAACACACAAAUAGGAAAAUAUUAUUUCAAAAUCAAUAAAAGUAUUUUGCCUUAGCUUUAGAAAUAAAUUACCUGAUAGACGAAAAGAACAUUGAUAAUGAAUGUUUAGUUGAAGAAAAUUAAUAGGAUAUUAGACUCCUUUAUCCAUGUAGACAGGCCAUUCUAUAUUUCAGGUGCUUAAAUUCAUUCUACAUUGCAUCAGAACCAAUUUUCAUGUGCCUAUAAAAUGCCAUGAGGUGAACAACAUACGUAGGCUAUUCACUUCUAAUGAUACUUUUCAUUCAUCUUUACUCAAAUACAUCUUAACUCACAGACUUAUCUUUUUAGUGUUGUGCUCCAUACCUUAUCAUGUUUAUAUCCCACUCUGUUCAUGUGACAACCAUAGAACUUGAAAACUCAGUAAUUCUUAAUAAUUGAAGUUAAAAACCAAUGGACAGAAGUUGUAUCUACUAUUAUUUAUAUAAUGUAACAUUGGACAAAUAAUGGCCCAACUCUAUCUCUUGACACAUCUAUUUCUUUUUCAUGCAGUUUUGUUUAGUCAUUCUUUAGCUCUAAGAAAAACUGAUACUGAUCUUCAGUGAAAUGCUUCCUGAUAAUCACUUAGUAAUUUGAGACCAUUGACCAUGUUUGAACAGAUAAUUACUUGGGCACUGUGUUCAUCUUAAACAUGUUUGAUAAAUUUCCAAAUCCUAAUACAUGGCAGGCUUCAACAUCAGUUUUCCAGCUAUUCAGUAUGAAUGAAAGAGAAUUCAAAUGGUGAUUCUUCUCAACUUGCUUGCACCUAAACUUUCCUAAAUUGUAAGAGUAAUUCCUUGGGAAAUCUAUUCAUCUAUUAAAAAAAAAGGAAAAAAUGACUUUCUUCUUAAUAUUCUAUUAUAUAAUGUAUAUUUUGCAUCCAUUAAUGAAAUAGCUCAGGCUUAUAAAUUACCAAACAUAUAUUCACUUUGAUCUAGAAGUUGUUAUCAUAAUAAGGAUUGGAAAACAUUUUUUUAAAAAUAUCCUUCUUAGCAAUAAUUUAAAAAUAAAUGGUCAUGAUGAAUUUUUUCACAUUUUCUCUAAAAAGUAUGUUUCUUUCUCCUAUCAAACUUAUGCAGUGACAAAAAUUCAGCUAUCUUUAUAGCAAAUAAUUUUAUUUAGAAAAUUUUAAGGGUAUUUUUGAACCAAAAUUAUAAGAAAAUUCAUUAAUUGGCUGUUAAAACCUAAAAAUAUAAAUUCUAUAAUAAGCAUGCAAAACAUUUUCUAUCCAGUUUUUAAAAAAGGGUGAUUUAAGCAUACUUAAAGAGAUAUGAGUAGAGAAUGAUACAUGGAGGAAGAUUAAAAGUUAAAACAAGGAACAAAGAAAAUACAUAGACACUUCCACAGAACUUUACACUUAGAAUGUUUUUUCAGUUGUGAUGUAGGAGAGGACUUCAAAAAGUUUAUAGAAAAUGGAACUUGAUAAUGCAUAUUUUCCAUGAACUUUCUGAGUAGCCUCAUAUUUUAGAAUAUUGAUAAAGGAGAUUAUCACUUCUAGACUUUUUUCCUAAGGUAUAUGAAAUAAAAUGUAGGGUCAUACUUUAUGUUUAAUUAUUCAUCUUAGCCUAUUUGAACUAAUUUUUAUGAAGGAUAACAAGUAGUGUUUUCCAAGAUUAUAUGGGGCAUUGCAUCAGAUACCUGCUACACCUUGAGAACAGAUUUUGGCAGUUUAUUUAUGGAACCAUCUGAAGUAUAUUACAUUUGGAAGAUAUUUAAACACAUUCAAUGAAGAAGUUAACAUCACCUGAAAUUUGAAUUCCAUCCAUUCUCAUUGUUUUGAGCCCAUAUAAAUAUAGCUACAUUAUGAAUAUUUUUAUAAUACAGCAUAAAAAGACCUCGGAUGGGCAGUUUUAUUUGUGAUUUAUUAAUAAUGCUUUCACAUUGACCAAUUUUUAUGUAAAAUAAAAUUUGCAAGUGGUUUGUCAACAAAAGUUUUAUUUGUAUUUCAAAAAUAUUGCAAAGUUGUUCUUCCUCCAUUUCAUGCUUAACUAUACUUUUUAAAUAUAGCUAGUUUAUUUAUAUAUCUUAUGUUAUAUAUAUAACAACUAGGUUGUAUAUAUACAAAAAUAUAUUUGUAUCUCAUAUAACCCAGAAAUGACAUUUUAUCAAAUAAAAAAAAUGUUUGGAACUAAGAGGUCAUUAAGUACAGUAUAAAUUUGAAGUAAAAUUAGACUUUUCUUUUCAUAUAGGUUACUUUUUGUACUAAUUAUGAAAUACUACCCUUCCAAAGGCACUGUCAUCCUAAUAUUUAUCACAUAAUCACUAAAUUUAUUUCACCUAAUGAUAUAGAAUGACAGAUUCACUGAAAAUUUUACAUUAGAAUAAAAUGGAAGGAAACAAAUACAAAUGGAUAAAAAUUAGAGAAAUUCAUUUAAUGUCUUUUAAUUUGCAAAAAAAAUUGACUUGUGGCAUAUUUCUAAACACUAAUUGUUGAAAAUAUCAAUCUAAAGUGUUUAGCAUGAUUUUCUAGAAUUUUGAUAGUUUUGUGUAAAAAAAGGAGGAAAUGUAUAUGUAAAUCAUGCAGUUCUGAAUAACAAUUUCAGAGAAAUGUAAUGGAAACAAUGAAAGGAAGGCCAGCUAAAUUAGGAUGGCCAAGUAAUUGGCCUGGGUUUAGAACCUAUGGGUAGAGGCCACCCAUUUUUUUAAUAUCUGUGGUUUAUUAUGCAAUUAUAUUCUUGAGGAAAAUAGUCAAGAAUUGCUUCAUGAAAAUAAAUUAAUAGCCAUGAGUAUAAUAAUGCUGUUUACACAAAAUUCUUUACACAUUUCAUAGAUCUAUGAAUGCUCAAAAUGUUUGUCAUAAUUUGUCAUAAUUAUAUGGUAAUUAUACCUGAGACUUGCACAUUGUAAUAGAAUCUAAAAAUAAAAGUCCUUAAAAAAACAUGUUUGCAUGUAUUUUCUGUUUCGGUGAAAAUCACCUUUAUAAGGGUAGAUUCAGUACAUCUCUAAUUGCAACUAAUGCCUCCCCCCAAAAAGCAUUCUUGGAUGACAAAGAUAACAAACAUCCAGCUCCAAAGCAACUCAUUGAAAUCUCAAACAGGAUAUGUACAGGUGAAGAAAAUUGAGAUAGGAGUGAAAACACACAAAUAGUUUGCUACUCAUUGGUGAAUUCUUCUUUGGGUAAUAGCAAUGAGAAAUAUGCAUUCAUAAUGGCCAAGAGCUGGGGUUCUGAAAUCAGAACUAUGUUUGUUUCCCAAUUA